AGCAGCAAGUUCCCGUUGUGCCUCCCGUCCGGGGCAUACUCGUACAGGUAGCGGAUCCGCCUCAGAAUCCACCAUCUGCAGCCUGGGGCCGACCCCUGCCACCUCAGUUCAGUCUACCAGGAUCAUCAUCCUCAGCGAGUUCAGUCAGCAAAUACUAGUACAACUACAACUCCAACCCCAAUCUGAGCCCUUCAUUCCCCCUCGUUCUUGAAAUAAUUUACUCAUUUCCUCUUCUUAUCGAUCAUAGUAUGGUUUACACCCAAUAAUCCUGAAGUAAUGGCGACUCUCGCAACUCCACGAUCCAACUCACCCCUAUCCCCUACCAGAAUGCCUCGUCGCUGGGCCCGGAAAUGUGAACGCUACUGCUGUCUGGGGGCCACCUAUUUCCCUCUCGCAUUCGUGUAUAGCAUCACCACUUGGGCCGUGUGGGUAGAAUCCAGUAUUGGAUUUCUGCCGGUCCAAAGCGUGUGGAUAGGUAUGUUGUUCUUUGAGUCCGCGAGGCUCCGAGGAUCAUCGAGUGUCUGACAAUCCUGCAGGGAAGGGCACGUCGUUUCUGGGGAUUGCGAUAUGGGCACUGCUCAACUGGUCCUAUACGACGGCGGUAUUCACGAGUCCGGGGACAACUACAAAGGGAAAUACGGGGUACAGCUCUCUGCCGAUGCAAGCAGAGCCGGUAGGGACCAAUUUCACCGUCAAGUCGAAUGGAGAGAUGCGAUACUGUAAGAAAUGCCAGGCCCGAAAACCCGAUCGAGCCCACCACUGUUCCACCUGUCGAACCUGCGUAUUGAAGAUGGAUCACCAUUGUCCAUGGCUGGCGACUUGCGUGGGACUGCGGAACUACAAACCCUUUCUCUUAUUCCUUAUAUAUACAACUCUCUUUUGCUUUCUGUGUUUCGGCGUGUCGGCAACUUGGGUAUGGAGCGAGAUAUUAAACGAGGGACAGUACUCGGAUUCAUUGAUGCCAGUCAACUACGUUAUGCUGGCCGUGAUAUCGGGAAUCAUUGGGAUUGUGCUAGCGGGAUUUACAGGGUGGCAUAUUCUCCUCGCAUCAAGAGGACAGACGACAAUUGAAUGUUUGGAGAAGACGAGAUAUCUUUCGCCAUUGAAAAAAUCUUUGCGCCAUCAACAUAUACCACAGCAGCAUGGCAAUGGAGAUGCUGGUGCAGGUUAUGGGCAGCCGUUGUCGGAUAUUGGGGGCACUCCAUAUAAUCAGCUUCCAAGACCCGAGCCUGGCCAGCAGCCAAAUGAAUCUACACGCCAACAAUACGAUGCUUACGAAAGACGACGAGCUCGCGAAAGAUAUGAAGAGUACCUCGAUGAGCAGGAUGCGGACAAGUUGCCAAGCGCUUUUGAUCUUGGCUGGAGAAAUAACCUCCUCCAUCUAUUUGGGAGAAGAAAGGCUCUGUGGUUUUUCCCCAUCAUGACCACGACUGGAGAUGGAUGGAAUUGGGAACCCAGUCCCAAAUGGUUAGAGGCGCGGGAAAGAAUCGCAAGCGAAAGAGAAGCACAACGAGCUCGUGAACAUGCAGCUGGUUGGGGUGAUCCACCAUCGCCAAUAACCCGCAAGACUCCAGGAGCCGGAAGACACUAUGUGACUUCAUAUCCUACCCGACCACAGUCUAAAGCAGACCGAAUACUUGGACGAACGCCUGAAGCCUAUACAGAUAAUGGUGGCAUUGGGCCCGAGGAUGGUUCUAUGCAAACGCUACAACCUCGUCGUAAGAAGCCUUCUCAGUUCGACGACAUCAGCAGUGAUGAGGAAGAAGUCGAAGAACGUGUUUUGGACCACAAGGCAGCUGCUGGCUGGCCCCAACGUGUUGGUGUGGUUACGAAUACUAUCCUUGGUAAUACACUUGCGAGACAGAAGGAUGACUCGUCGAAGGCUUGGGUCGAUGAUGGAGGGGUGGAUUGAGGGUCUAUGUAGAUGACAUUUAUUCUAAAUGGCGUUUUUUGGGGAUGGUUGGAUUUUUGGAUACUUGGCAUGAUACCGAUGAAUAGAUUUUUUCGUAUUUAGCGUUUACUUGUAUCAUUCAACGAACUUUAUU